AUGGAUGGCCAUCCUGACUCGGCCCCAGACACACUGACCAGAUGUUUGGAAGCUGUGGCUGGAUGGUUACGCGGAAGCCGGUUGAAGUUAAAUCCUUCGAAGACAGAGGUCCUCUGGCUGGGACGGGACGAUAUGGGAUUGGGGGGGCAACUCCCAUCUCUUGCGGGGGUGCAAUUAGUGCCAGCACCGUCCGUUAAGAGUUUGGGUGUAAUCUUCGAUACCUCCCUCUCUAUGGAGGCGCAGAUUACAGCUAUAACAAAGGCGGCAUUUUUCAUCUCCGCCAAGCUAAGCAGUUGGCCCCUUAUCUCUCUCGCCCUGACCUAG